AUCCUCAACCUGUGUGUCCAGCCCGUUGCCAUCCUGUUUCCUUCCAAAACCCCGCAGCUGCCCGACACCGCUGCCCAUGACCCACCGCAGAGGUGAUACCGAAUCAUGCCGCCAGCAGACAUGCCCGGGUCUUUUUGCAGAUGGGUCCCCUGGCAUCCAGGUGGGCCAGCAUGGUUCUCCCCCCUCCCAGCACAUCUGGGCAGCUGUGCCCACCGGCAGCGUCUCGCGUGGUGCUCACCGUUUCGCCCCAGCAGCGCUCUGACAUCAGCACGGCUUCCUGCCUGCCUGCACCGCCGCGCCGUGUGCUUGCCCUGUACCCCCACAGUCCCAGGCUGCAGGGUGGCGAGCCCCAGGCAGCCCCGUGCCCCCGGCACGGCGAGCCCCCGAGGCCCCUCAAAACCGCCCUGUGAUAGCCAGCGCCAUGGAGUCGGUGGCUCUGUACAGCUUCCAGGCGACCGAGAAGGACGAGCUGCCCUUUCACAAAGGAGACAUCCUGAAGAUCCUCAACAUGGAAGAUGACCAGAACUGGUACAAGGCCGAGCUGUACGGCUGCGAGGGCUUCGUCCCCAAAAACUACAUCAAGGUCAAGCCGCACCCGUGGUACGCAGGCAGGAUCUCCCGGCACCUGGCAGAAGAGCGACUCCUCAAGCGCAAGUACCUGGGAGCCUUCCUGAUCCGCGACAGCGAGAGCACCCCGGGGGAGUUCUCCAUCUCCGUCAACUACGGCCAGCACGUCCAGCACUUCAAGGUGCUCAGGGAGAGAAACGGCAAAUAUUUCCUCUGGGAGGAAAAGUUCAACUCCCUCAAUGAGCUGGUGGAUUUCUACAGGACGACCACCAUCGCCAAAAAGCAGCAGAUCUUCCUCCGGGAUGAGGACCAGACCCAGGAGGUACCGUCAGGGGUUGGGGCCAUGGGGAGGAGCAGGGCUGGGACGCAGAGUGAUGGCAUGUUUGGCAGCGGGGCCAGGCUGGGAGCCCAUUGCUCCCCCAGUAGCAGGGCUGCCACCGCCCUGGUACGGUUCAUGGGGAAACCAAGGCACAGGACAGGUCGGUGGGUCAGCAACACCAUCCUGGUUUUGCUUCGCCCCAGACCGUGCUCACGGGGAGGUGUCACGGGGCCGCAGCUCCCAGGGGAUGAGGAUUUCCUCCUGCCCAAGCUUUUCCUGCUCCUCCCUGCCGGCCUUGGGACACUGGCGAUGGCCAAGAAACAGCAGAGAGGGACAAAACCAAGGAAAGCAAAUGGCCGGGCACAGAGCAGAGACAGAGUCCAGACCCCGCUGGGUACAGGCUCCUCUGCUGCCCUUGAGCGAAGCAUCCCAGGGAUCCAGUCCCCAACCCCUGUGUGAGCCCCCCUCAAGUCUCCGCUCCCCCGGCCGUGGUGUCCCUGCAGGAGGGGACAUCCUGGGAUCCCUGCAGUUCCCGGCUGGCACUUGGCCCCACGCUCAGGCUCGGCUCAAGGCGGUGUUGAGCAGGAGAGGCUGGAACAGCCCGAGACAGGCAGCGCUGCGGGGAGGCUGGCAGGGUGGAGAAAAGCCACCGUCGCAGCUCGGCAGGGCAGGGCAGAGCAGCUCGCCUCGGGCCCCCACCGCUGUCCCUCGGGCCUGGACGGGGUGCAGCUGGCUUCGGGCAAGCUCCAGCAAAGCCGAGCCCUGUGGCAGCGGCUGUGGAGGCGGCGAAACUGGGCCCUGGGAGCUGGGCUAGGGGCAGCUCCGGCACCUGGAGGGACCCAGGAAGGACCUGGGAAGGAAGGGGUGCCAGCAGCCUCUGAGGGGCAGGGGUCCCCUGGGCACCCAUCUCAGCUCUCCCAAGCAGCAGGAACAGGGAGCCCCAUGCCCUGGGGUGCUUCCCUGCACCCAAGGCUCUGCCCUGCAUCCCAGGGUGUUCCCCUGCACCCCAGGACUUUCUCCUGCACCCCAGGAUCUCCUCUGCACCCCAGGCUCUGCUCUGCACCCGAGGCUGUACCCAGCACUCUAGCUUUUCCCAUGGCAGGAUUUCCCUAGCUCCCAUCUCUUGUCCUUGAAGCAGGCACCCCGGGUACCCCAGCAACCUCUAUGCUUUGCCCCCCCCCGCCCCCCAGGCUGGUCCUCACCGUGCUGUGGCACAGCAUCCCUGGCACGCCGGGGGCUCAGGCAGCGCAGCCUGGUGCAGCCCUAGGGGCUGGCGGACAGGGGCACCUCUGCCCCCCACCAGCCUCUGCCCUCAACUUUCCUCCAGGUGAGGAGACCCAAAUUCGUGCAAGCCCAGUUUGACUUCUCAGCCCACGACGGCUCCCAGCUGCCCUUCCUCCGCGGGGACAUCAUUGAGGUCCUGGACUGCGCCGAUCCCAACUGGUGGCAGGGGAAGAUCUACGGGCGUGUCGGCUUCUUCCCCCGCAACUACGUCCACCCCAUCCGCAAGUGAGCUGCCGCCGGCGCUGCGGGCGAGCAGGGAGGACCGUGGUCCCUACUGCCCCCCACUCACCGGAGCUGCUUUGUGCCUGCACACGGACUGUGCGUCUCUUCGUCCCCACGGACAGUGCCUGUCCCCACACCGGGCUGCGAGGUCCCGGUGCCACACGGGCUGUGCUGGAGGUAGAGGCCAGGCUGGCAGCGAUCCCCAUCCAGGGGCUGCCCGGCUCUGGCACCCUGAAACAUCAGCCACAGCUCUCCCUGCCCCCCGACCCAGGACACCUCCACCCCCCCAGCCCAGGCAUCGUUUCUCGCUGCGGGCUGGCAGCGGUGCUCCCCGGGGAGGGAGCACAGAGCAUUGAACCAGGGCCAUAAAAACUCUUCCAGAGCCACAACCCGGCAGGGUGGCAGCCGCGGAGGGGAAAAGUACAUGGCCCCCAAACCUUUGCUCCUCUCCAGACCCUGUAAGUGAAGCCCUGGCUCCAAGGAGGGCUGCAGGCAGCCAGGAUGAGACCGGGCUCGGUAACUACAUGGAGGAGUGCCAGGGCUUGGGGUGCUAGGGAAGGCUGAUCUGGGGGGAUUCGGUCCUGUGGGUGCUGUUCAUAGCUGCAAAUUGUGGUGCUUUUUUGUAUUAUUUUUUUAUUUAGAGCUAGUAAAAUGUGUUUGGGUGA